AACUGCCGCCCUCCACGAGGAGUGCGAGAAAAGACCAAGCCGAGUAAGUAAUAUUCUUUCAGUUCUUGCAAGGCUAAGAUCUCUUGUCAUCUCAUCUCGGGUUGAGAAAGUAGACCAAUUGAAUCUCCGCCGGUAACGGUAAGCCUCUCUUGCACGAGGUAUAAGCGACUUUAUAGGCAAAUUUCUGACUCUGUACUAGAGGACCUUCGCAUUUAUUCUUCAUCUUCGCAAUCGUAACCACUAGAAAUACUGUACCUCUAGUUUCUCCUGUUGAUGUUCCUUCAACUGCUGAAAGGCAGUUAAAGAGAUUCAACUACUCAUAGUCACUCGAAGCUGUUGCCAAUCCUAACCAUGCCAGAAAAAGUUGUCCUCGACGGGAGGUCGCCGAUGCACGCACUGGGAAAGAAGCCGAUCAUGACGUCAAUUCCUAUUCUGAUGGCCUUGAUGUUGAAUGGGCUGCAAAAAAAGUUGCUGAGACAGUGGCAACAGCACGCGGCAACUUUUAUAAAAUUUCGAAGGCUUAUGUCGGGUAUUAGUUUGUAACUGUAUUGCUAGCAUAUCGGUAAUAAAUAAUAUUAGUUUGGUAAGCGUAAGCUGAGCCUGAAGCUGAUCCUGAUCCGUGGGAGCAGUAGUAAUGUCGAAGGGCGCACCAUCAAGGGGCUCCAGGUAGAGAGAAAAAAGCUGAGGACGCUGUAGGUAUGAUCACAGAUGGAAAACCUACUUCUACUUCCAGGUGUGUAUGCAAACCUCACGAGCUUCGACUAGCAGACAGGGAAAUGCAAUCUGCAGUCCUCGAGUUUUAUUGGUCAGAUGAUCGUAUGGCGAGCUUUAUAAAGGACACAGCGAGGAUACUAGCGCCACGUGUGGGAGCAUCAUUCACAAAAGAGUCGAAAGGAGGCACCUCCAGCAUGAACAGCAGCCAUGCUCGUACUCGUGUCAAUUCUAUG